AGGGUUUUAAGAGAGGUUUUAAGCCGCCGUCGUCUCCGUCGUCUUCCUCUUCUCAGGUCGCCUGACGAAUUAGGGUUUUGAAUUUGGGGGAGAAAAACAAGAGAUGUGGUUUCUAUGCGUCUUCUAUCAUAGGCUACUAGACUUCAGAAAGCCAGAGGUGGAGGCAUUAGCCGAACUCUUCGGAGAAGAUGAGUCUCUUCAAUGGCGCCUCCCUGAACAUCACCAUAACGAUACUCCAUUCCACUUCGUUCAUCUUUCUUCCGAAGAAAUCGCACAGAACAUCGCCAAGAGAAGCAUAUUGGUGAAAGGAAUGUAUGAGCUUUGGGGUGAAGGAACUUGCUACGAAGAGCUUAAAGACUCCAUAGAAAGCUUCCCUGAUUCUCGCAAGCUCCCGUUUCUCGCUUCUGAUUCCACAUUUAGAAUCUCCGUCGAAACUUUCGGAAAGGCUCUGACUUUCGAUGAGCAGAGGGAGAGAAUCAACUCACUUACUUACAUCCCCUUCGACGGGAAGGUUAACUUGAAGAACCCAGAUCACAACUUUUUCAUCAUGGAGAUGGAUGAGUCUGAAGAGAACAAUGGGCUUCAGCCCAUUCUCCAGAGAAGAAUCUUCUUUGGGAGGGAGGCUGGUUUUGCUGACAGGAAGCUGUUACCUGCUUUUCAGCUCAAGUCUCGAACUUACCUUGGCCCGACUGCUAUGGAUGCUGAAAUGGCUUUCUUGAUGGCUAAUCAAGCUAAAGCUACAUCUGGAAAGCUUGUGUAUGACCCUUUCGUUGGUACAGGGAGCAUUCUCGUUUCUGCUGCACGUUUUGGUGCAAUGACAAUGGGUGCAGAUAUUGAUAUCAGAGUAGUGCGUGAUGGACGUGGUCCAGACUGUAAUGUUUGGAGCAAUUUCAAGCAGUAUGGACUACCUAUGCCAGUUGCUUUACUUAGAAUGGAUAAUAAUCUUCCUCCUUGGCGUUCCGGGCUAAACGAGAUAUUUGAUGCGAUUAUAUGUGAUCCACCUUACGGGGUUCGAGCUGGUGGACGUAAAUCCGGUGGCAGGAAAAUCCUGAGAGGGACGGUGGAUCCUUACACAGUCCCUGAAGACAAAAGAACAGAUCACAUUCCAUCCACUGGUGCAUAUAGUCUAGUGGAGUGUGUUCAUGAUCUGCUUCACCUCGCUGCAAGAAUGCUGGUGAUGAAAGGGAGGCUAGUCUUUUUCUUCCCGGUUUUGAGAGAUGAGAAUGGCAGUGAGGUUAAGUUUCCAGAGCACCCGUGUUUCAAGUUGGUGGCUGUCUCUGAACAGAUCUUGAGUUCGCGGUACAGUAGGGUUUUGCUGACCAUGGUGAAAGUAGAGCCUUAUAGCGAAGAGGUUGAGGAAGCUGCUCGUUUAAUGCAUUUGGAGUUUAGAGAGAAUCAUCUCAAGUGGUUAGAGGAAGGUAAUAUUCAUUCCUCUGUGUUUAAACCUUCUGAUCCUUCACAGAUUCAUGCUGAUACCAAAAGCUUUAAAGAUCCUAAACCUAAGUAUAGAGGGAAGUAUGUGUAAGCACUGAGUUUUGUGUAGAGAAUAUAGGUCUGAAUGAAUCUAUAUUAUUGACAAAGAGAAUAAUAUAUACAGAGUACAAGCGUGAGGAAGAAGGCAGUAGUAAUGAUAAUUGAUACACAAUAUAUACGAUGAUAUGAGUUUCCAUAAUACACCCCCUCAAGAUGGAGGAAGUCCAGUGACUCCAAUCUUGUUCCUGAGCUCCUGAAACCUAGUCCGUGACAGAGGUUUUGUCAAGCCAUCAGCUAACUGAUCUUUUGAAGAGACAUGAGCUACUCUGAGGAUGCCAUUCUGAACCUGUCCCCGUACAAAAUGGAAAUCAAUUGCUAUGUGUUUCAUACGUGAAUGGAAAACAGGAUUAGCAGAGAGGUAUGUAGCGCCUAUAUUAUCACAGUAGAUAGCUGGUUUCUCGGGUAGAAUAACUCCAAGCUCCGUAAGUAGUGAGCAAAUCCACCGUAACUCCGCUGCUGCAUUAGCUACCGCUCUGUAUUCCGCUUCUGUAGAUGAGCGUGAGACCCCUUGCUGCUUCUUGGACGACCAUGAUAGGGGUUGAUUACCAAGAUAGAUGACAUAGCCAUUUGUGGAAACGUAAUCAUCAGUGUCCCCUGCCCAAUCUGCGUCUGAGAAGGCGUGUAAAGAUGGACCUUGUUGCUUUGUGAGCAAGAUACCGUGUGUAGUGGUUCCUGCUAAGUACCUCAAGACCCUUUUUGCAGCCUGCCAGUGAUCCUCUGUCGGCCUAUGCAUGAAUUGGGAAAGGCGGUUGACUGCAUAAGAAAUAUCAGGCCUUGUAAGUGCUAAAUAUUGCAAGCUUCCCACUACCAUUCUGUAAUCUUUCUGAUCUUGUAACAGUGCUCCUGAGUGAAGACUAAGUUUCGGUGAUGAGGGAAGUGGAGUAGCUACUGUCUUGGCAUCAAGCAUGUUUGUCUUGUGAAGGAGAUCAUUUAUAUAUUUCCUCUGCAUAAGAUGAAGCCCCUUUGAUGUCUUUGUAACUUCAACACCAAGAAAGUAGCUCAGUUGACCGAGGUCCUUAAUAGAAAAACGUCUUCCAAGCUGUGUGAUUAUGUUAUCCACAAGUGCAGGAUUGGUGCCUGUGACUAGCAUGUCAUCGACAUACACAAGUAGAUAUACAUAAUCCCGGUUCCGUUUCAAGAUGAAAAGCGAAGCAUCACUCAACGAAUCUGCCAUUCACAGUUUACUGCUAUGCCAAGAAUCGUCCUGAUGGUAGUGGGUUUAAUCACAUGACUAAACGUGUCCGUGAAGUCUAUUCCAGCUCGUUGAUGAUACCCUUUAGCGAUUUGCGAGUUGAACUCAGAGCCCAUAGAAGCCCUCCACUGCCGAUCUUUCAUUGCUUGUUGCCAUGUAUUGGGUUCACGAUGUGCUGAGGGACAAGCCACAGAGACCAAUGAGAGCUUCUUGUUUGGUUUGGUGAUGGCAUUCUUUGAUCUAGUUUGCAUCGAGUGAUGGUUGCGGAUUGCAGCAGGAGGAGGGGAACUUGACUGUGAACUGGUGGAACCCGUCUGGUUGGUGGAGACUGGCUGGUUGUUGGAGGAGUUCCUGGCUCUGAUACCAUGUAGAGAAUAUAGGUCUGAAUGAAUCUAUAUUAUUGACAAAGAGAAUAAUAUAUACAGAGUACAAGCGUGAGGAAGAAGGCAGUAGUAAUGAUAAUUGAUACACAAUAUAUACGAUGAUAUGAGUUUCCAUAAUAUUUUGUACUCUUUCUGUUGUAUUUGGUUGGUUUUGUGCUGAACGCUGUAGUUCUGAAUGUGUUUCCAUUUUCCAAUACAGAUAACUUUUAGGGUUAUUGGCAAACAAAUGUAUGCAAAAAAUACAUAAGCAUAUGAUUAACCUACAAAAAUAUAACAAUCAGGAUUAAAUUCUUAAACUAUGAAAAUCAGGAUUAAAGUCUUCAAAAUAAAAAAACUUUCUUGUCACACGUGAUUAGGAGAUUCUUAAUUAAUAUAAAUAAACGCUUCUCUAAGUCUUCUUCAAAAUCUGGGACUGUG